GUUUUCGUAGAUGAGAUAUAUUUAUACUUUUUUUUCCCUUUUAUUAAGUAUAUUCAAGUGAAAACAUUAUUUUGUGUUGACUUUGUAUUAGUUUGUAUAAAUUAUUAUUUUUUACACAAAACAUAACACGUUGAGAUAAACAUCUAUUAGAUACUAUUUUAAUAAUUUUAUUACAUAUUUGAAUUUAACUACACAUGCACUGUGCAAGCUGUUGAAACGCGUGCGCUAGAGCGCCGGAACGCCGACGCCGUAGACAUCCUUCUCUGUAAUUUUUUUCGCAAUUUAUAAAUGAAAACUUCAGUACGCUUGAGAGAAUUCUCCUGAUCAGUUAUCGUUUAAUUUUUAUUUCAAUUAGUUAUUAAUGAAACAUUGAAACACGCACGUGGUUUCAAUAUAGUUUUUUAACUCUCCUUAAAUUUUAAUUAAAUGUAUGGCUCAUUAAAAAUAAGUAUUUUCAUCUUAGUGAAAAUAAAUCAACGAUUAUUCAAAUAUAUAUACAUGCAUAAAAAAGUAUAAAUAUAAUUUAAAUCAUUAAAGCAGUUUAGUGGUGCAUUAUUUUUUCAACACAUUUUUUAUCUGUCAUAAUCACAAAGAUAAAGGUCUGCCUUAACAGCGCGAGCUUUCGAUAAUUGUUAAAAUUUAUUCAUGUGUAACAUAAACCGUGGGUUUCUUUGAAGAAUGAGUCUUAAAGAAGAUAAAAUUAUGGAUAUACGAUUAAAUCUGAGCAAUCAGUGUAAACUGCGAACUUGAAGGCAACGAAACUCAAUGUUAUGGAUAGAAAAAAAAAUAGGAGACAAUUUUAUUGUAUUAAUUGUGAUGUAUUACUACUACUUAUGUCCUGCAUAAAUAUUUUUUAGUCUUAAAAAUUAAAAAAUAAUUAUAGCCCCUGAUUUCUGUGGUAAACAUUUAAUAAUAUAAAGAAUAGAAUAUUCAUCAAUAAAUUUAAUUGACCCAUGAACAGGAAUAGUAAUUACAUAAAACUAUUUUGUUUACUGUCAGAACUAAAGGAAAUGAAAUUUGAAUUACGUUAUCGUUAUAGCAGAAGCAAAAAAAUAAAUAAAUUUAUAAAAAAAGGCUAAUAAUUCUAUAAAUACACAUGAAACUCAAUAGGCGAAUAAGAAAUAGACAAAAGAGAGUAAUAAAGUGUGUGUGGACAAUUACAGAAAGUUGCCAAACUGCUCUAGAAAAAUGGUGGAAAAAAAACUAGCUGAAAAUAUUAAUCGAAGAUGGAAAAAAAUUUAUUCACGUACAAAUUAAAAAUGAAACAAUAAAUUUUUAAAAUGCAUGAGAGUUUAUACGAAUCAACAUAACAAAUUAUAUUAUGAAAUUUAAUAUCAAGAAUACUUUUACCACAAUUAUAUUUGUACUUAAAAAAAGAAAAUGAUCUAUUUACAUAAUAAAUGAUAGAAAAAUUAACUUAAUAAAUAAUGCCGGGUAUAGUAGUAUUUCGGCGACGAUGGAGUGUUGGCAGCGAUGAUCUCGUGGUUCCUGGAGCAUUUUUAUGUAUUGUUCACAUUAUAUGGAUAACAGUCCUUGGAGUUCUGUUGGGAAUAAUCUCUUGGGAUCGAAGUAUUGUUUGUGUCCUAUUACUAUGGAAUUAUAUUCUUGGCUACCUCAUCAUCUUUAUUAUAAGUUUAGCUGUGGAAUUAGCAAUAUGUAUUUUAUCAAGUCGAGGGAGUAUUCUAGAUACUGUAGCUCGUGCUCCUAUUCAGCAUUUUAUAUAUAUAAAACUUUCUCUUCUGCUAGUAGAAACAGGAUGGCUCUGCGCCGGUGUUACAUGGUUAAUUUAUUAUUAUAAAAGUUGUUCUGCUGUCAAUGAAGCAAAAGAUAUUAUGCUGGGCCUUGUUAUAUGCAACUGGUGUAUUUUGGCAUCAGUAACCAUAACUGUUUGGUGUACAUAUGAUGCAGCUGGAAGAUCUUGGGUAAAGAUGAAAAAAUAUCAGCGUAGUAUGAGAGAAGCUGAAACUAGAAGUGGUAGAAUGCAUUACAAACGCAGUGGCAGUCGUAAUAGAAACUGGCGGCAACGAAAAGUUAUUCGUGCUUAUCAAGACAGUUGGGAUAAUAGAUGUAGAUUGCUCUUUUGCUGUAUGGGCAACUCAGACAGGAAUCAGAAUUCUUUUACAGAUAUUGCAAGGCUUUUGAGUGAUUUUUUUCGUGAUCUAGAUGUUGUUCCUUCAGACGUUGUAGCUGGACUUGUAUUACUACGAAAAUUCCAAAAAGUUGAAAGAGAAUUAAUUGUAAAACAACGUAAAAAUGACACAUAUGAAUUUCUUUCUGGUGUUCCAAUAACACCAAGAACAAAGUUUUUAUCAUUAACUGAAGAUGGAGAUUUGAUACAUUUCCAAGCUGCAAUUCAUUAUAUGCAUUUUGCCUUAGCAGCCUACGGUUGGCCAUUAUUUUUAAUAAAUCAUAAAACAGGCCUUUGCCAAUUAUGUACAAGAUUAAGAUGUGAAUGUUUCCCAUGUGUAAAAUAUAAUGAUGACGCCAUUGUAAUUGAUGACAAUUGUUGCCAAUGUAAUUAUGCGGCGCUUCGGCGUAUGGUUGAUGUAGGUGAAGUUGAAGUUAUUUAUGCAACUUUCCAUGUAGAUAUUGGAGAAACUCCAUUUUUUGUUGCAUUAGAUUAUACAAGACAAAAGGUUGUUAUUAGUAUUCGUGGUACACUUAGUAUGAAGGAUGUUUUGACGGAUUUAAAUGCUGAAGCAGAAGUAUUACCAUUAACACCACCGCAGGAGGACUGGCUUGGACAUAAAGGCAUGGUUCAAGCUGCCGAAUACAUACGAAAAAAAAUAUCCAACGAAGGCAUUAUUACAAAAGCUUUAAACAAAAAUCCAGAGAGAGGUACUGAUCAAUUUGGAUUGGCACUGGUAGGUCAUUCAUUGGGUGCUGGGACUGCAUCAAUUCUUGCAAUACUUCUUAGGCAGGAAUACCCAGACCUGAUAUGUUUUUCGUAUGCUCCACCGGGUGGUCUUUUGAGUAUGCCAGCACAACAAUAUACCCAAACGUUUAUUACAUCAGUUGUUGUUGGAAAAGACGUAGUCCCGAGGAUAGGUUUACGUCAAAUGGAAAGUCUACGCGCGGAUUUAAUAAAUGCUAUCAAAAGAAGUGUCGAUGCUAAGUGGAAGACUAUUGCGUGUUCUGUGAUGUGCUGUGGGUGCGGCUCAGUGCCAACGUCCGCAGCAAAUUUAGAGGCAGGGGGAUGUAUAGCUGAUUAUCAAAGAGACAAAGAUCAAGCAAGGGCGCAGACUAUUGUUCCAAGUGAUUCUAGUAUUGCUCUCACGCUUCAUACUCCACUUUAUCCACCUGGUAAAAUCAUUCAUGUGGUUCGACAUCAUCCAAACAAGGGAGAGCAAAAAUAUGAAUCGCGAUGGAGGCAAUUAUUACGAAAAAGAGAACCUGUUUAUCAAGCUUUAUGGGCAGAGCCAGGUGAUUUUGAUGAAGUUCUGAUUAGUCCUGUAAUGAUACAGGAUCACAUGCCAGAUAAUAUGCUCAAGGCGCUUAAUAAGGUUGUAACAACUCUGGGACCAGCAAAACCACAACGUUUGACAUCAGGUCACACGUCUUCAGCAGAGGUUUCAGAGAUUCGUUAUCCGAAUGAGAUUCAAGAAAUGGAAGUAGAACAAGAAAUGCGGGCCCUGCUGCCAAAAAGUCCAUGCAAAUCACGUUCAUUAACAAUUGGCACUCCGCCACACCGGUUGUGCCUCGAAACUAGUUUUACAUCACUUCAAAGUCCAAUGGAAUUGCCCCAGGCUGGACGCGAAUUAAGCGUCGAUUCCAGGGGAGUGCCUUGGGAGUACGUCAGCCUAGCAAGCGAGUUGAUAACUACACCCAGGCACGACGACCAUAAAUUCUUUAACCAUCCACUUAAUUGGGAAUACACUCAGAGAAUCGCGCCUCUAGCCACGCCUGAAACUUUGUCCGAGGCGAGCAACUCGCCGUCACCAUUACCACCAACUAGACCAAUUAGACGUACACCAAAAAUAUCUGGGAACUUAUCGACAGCUGCAGAUGAUCUUAAAAGUAAUAUUCAUUUUGCAAUGCUUGCAGCUAAAAAUUAUGGAUUAUGCGAUGAGAUUACUGGUAGCAAUAGCAGCAGUGGUAAUAGUGAAGCUAGUUAUGAAACAGCGAAAAGUCAACGUCUCGGAGGACUACCACCACCUCCAGUUCCACGGCGACGGGAUUCCGUAAUCUUGAGAAGAGAACAUACUGUAUGUACAGCUGCUUGUUGUAGAGAUGAUCUCUCUGACAAUUCUACUCCUUCAUCAAUUCAUUCAACUUGUAUUAUUCGCAAUACUUAUCCUGUACAAAUAGAUUUUUCCAAUGAAGAUAAUGGUACAAACGAAUCGAGUGUAGAUUUAUACGAAGUCAGGGGAUCACUGGGUCAACGUGAUAGCAAUAAUGAUGUAUUCCUAAGUGUGAAAAGCUCUCCAGAAUGUAAAAGACUUAUGACACCAGCUACAAAUAUCAAUGCUGAAUGGAGGAAACCAUUUGAUACAGUUGGUGGAACUUCUGUUGAUACAUCACUUCCACUACUUCGUGGUUUAUCACCAACUCCAAGUCAUGUACAACAUACAUCACCGUUUUCUAGUGCUAAAAGAAAAAAAUAUGUAUAUCCUAUCACGUUAGUCGGCCGAGGCGAAAGUAGUGUUUAAAUUUUUAGCAAUGCACAAAAUUUAAAAUGCCAUGGGACCAUAAUUUUCACUUAAUUUUCUUAAUAACAGCUCAGCUCUUUUUACAAAGAACUAAGAUUACAAGAGUGAAAACCAGGACUCUUGUGACCUUUAGAUGAACCUGGCGACUCCGCCGUCCAUUUUACGCCAAUAUUUAUACUUUUGUCCCUGUGGCUUUGUUUAUCUAUUAUUGAUUUUUUUUUUAUUUUAUGAUAUCAUUUCUCAGAAUGUUAAAUAAAUAAUUUUUUUUAUAUAUUAUUUAAUUUCAAUAUUUUUUUAAUGAUGUGCCAAUAAUUAAUACUUAGCUGUUAUAAUUAUAUAUUAAAUAAUAUUUAGGCCUAUUGUACAUCGAACGAAAAAAUUGUUUGAUUCGUUCUAUAAAAUACUUUCUUUAUUAAUACACAUAGUAAAAAAUAUUGUGUUAAAAUAAAUGUAAUCGGUGUGUUAGAAACAGUCCACACAAUAUUUGUGUUAUUUUAUAACACAUACUAUUUGUGUUGAAUUUAACCACAAAAUUCCAACGCAAAAUUUGAAUAAGACGACAAGUUAAUUCAACACUUUUUAAACGUCCGUGGCGACAUGAAAUCAUCAGGAAACCGAUUGAUCCUGCGGGCCGGCCCGAAACUUCCCACUGUUUUUAAGCUCACGGAGCUCGAAAAAAUGACGUUUCGUAUUAAUCUCCGAGAAUUCGAGAAAUUAAAAAUAGUCAAUAAGGAUCGUUUUUUAUAUACUUUCUUACGAUUAUGCUUGAUGGAUUCAAUGUUUUUGAACAGAAAUUAAUAGAAAUGAUCAAGAUGGAGAUUUACAUGAGCUUUCAACCAAACCAAUACGUCAAUAUAUGGAAUAUCCGGAAAAAAAUGUCAGAAAUAGUGAUUUUUUAAAAUUUUUGUUGAUUAUAUUAUUUAAACUAACAGACCGAUUGCAAUUAAUAAUGUAACGAUCAUCUAAAACUAUGAAGAUAAAGGACCGGUAUAAAGUUAUAUAUGGAACAUAUGUUGAAUUAAAGUAUGACAAUAUGAGUAAUCCAGAAUAAAUAAAGUAAAUUUAUAUUUUUUUAGUUUUUCAUCGCCGAUAUCUUUCUAACUAAUCAACAGAUUUUCAGUCUCUGACAGUAAAAAUUUUUUAGAAUCAAUCAGUUUUGCAAUUUUUGAGUUUAUUAGAAAAAAAUACUUUCUCGAAAUUCGUUCGUUAACGAUAACUCUCGAACAAUUAAUCCAAUUUUGAUGUUUGAGAGGGUACUCGAUGCGGCUUAUAGAGUUUUAAAGCUAAUUAGAUUUUGAAAUCAAUCCAUAAAGUAUACUAAAAGCUAUCCAAAAAAAAAGUUUCAAAAAAUUUUAUUAUUGGAAUAACUUGAACGCACUGUACCGAUCAAGCUCAAUUUCUCACAGCAUCUAAGAAUUGAUAAGCCGUUUCGAAUGCCAUCUCAAAGAACCAAGUCCGUUCAUCCCGUCAAAAGUUAGAGAAUAUUUACAUACCUACGUACAUAUACACAUACAUACACUCGGACAUCCUCAUGAGAAUAGGAUAGCUUUCUAGGACCUGAAAACGUCGAGAUCCGUUCAAAACUCGGUUUUUGACAAUCGGACUGAAACCAGUACCUUCCCUUUUUUGUGAAAAUUUUCAAUUUUCGUAGCGGAAAGUUAAAAAAUGAUAACUUUUACAUUUUAUUUUCAUACCAUGGAUAUUCAUUAAAUAUAAAUAAUUUUAAUUUGAGAUUAUCAAAGUGAUAACAAUUGUUACUCACCAUUGAACUAUCUUUUGACAGUAAACAAAGUUUUUAUUAGAGUUGAAAUUUAAAAAAAAUCUCGUAAUAUUUCAUAACAGUUGUUAAAAGUCAAUCAACUUAUGUCUUCAAAAAAAAAAAAAAAAAAAAAAAAAAAAAAAAAAAAAAAAACGUAUUUUUAUUUAGUGAAAACACAAUUUUGAUAUUACAUAGAAUAAUUCGAAAUUAUAACUAGUAUAUUACACACCUAGGGCAGUAAAUAAAAAAGCCUCAGGUCGCAUGUUUGUUGAGAUCUGAGACAUUCCUUACUGUACUGCGCUAGGUGUGUAAUAUAAUAUUUGAUUAGUAUGAUAAACAUUCCAGAUUUAAGUAAAUGCUAAAUUUUAUUCCUUGAUAAUUAACAUUUUUAAGUUAAACUGGCAUUUAUAAAAUGUCGAUUUCACUUUCAUUUUUUAUCGUAAUUUUUCUGUGAUUAUCGAUUGAGUUUUCAACAUAAACUAUUUUUUAAUUAUACUAUAUAAUAAUUUGGAUUUUUGAACUAAGUAACACUUUCAAAGUGUUAAGUAAUAGAUCGAUUUAAAUUUUUUAAGUAACACAGUGAAGUGUUGAUUUAACACAAAAUAUUUAACAUGGACCGUUUUUAACACAGAUACACAAGGUUUUUUUCUAUGCAGUUGUAAUUUGAUCGAGAGUUAAGAUUUUAAAUCCAACGAAUUGCCUUCAGAUGUUAACAUCAAAUUCCAUAAAUGAUAAUGGCAUAAAAGAGUUACAAAGAUUAAUUAUUGAUUUGAAAAAAAUAAAAUAAAAAAAAUUAAUAUUCUAGUCGACACUUUUUACAUUUUUUAUUAAUGCUCUGCUAGUUAAAAAAAAAAUAAAUAGAUUGUAUAUAGAGAAUGAUUGCAUUAUAAAUUAUAAAAAUGAUAUAAAUAAUUUUAGUAUACAGUUUUUAAAUUUCAAAGACAAAUAUCAAGUUUAUAAAAAGAAUAAUAAUUUUGU